CGUAGAAGACUGAUGUUCUGAUGCAACAGGACAGCUUGGACCACAAGACACUCUUCCAUCCAUGAAAAUAGAAUGAUUCAUAAUUUUUCUGAGACGUAGACGUAACUUCUUAGAAUGUGAGAUGCGUUGUUUACUAUAUAUUUGUGUUCUUGCCCCCGCCAACUGACCACUCUGUGAUGUCCAGCCAUCCAGUGAGUGAGGCGGUCGCCAGAGCAGGUGUUUGGCUUGUGUGACUGCAAGACGUUGAAGCCACUUCGAAGCAACAUCUCGGACCGACCCACCCAGACCCCCAGCUGUUCCUGAGACCGGGAGGCGUUUCCAUAACCAGAAUGCAUCGUUUUUCAUCAACGGAGAGAAUAGUAAUCCUCUCUUGAGUGGGAGAUGGACACGGCGUGAGCAGAUCCGCUGGGUCCCUGUGUCUCUCAGGAUAUCCUCCCUCCGUCGACACCAUGCCGUACCAUGAUGAGGAGCACCCCGGCCAGCCGCUGUGGCAGUCCGUGCUGAUGUUCUGCUGCAAGGGCAUGAUCGAAGGCAUCAUGGUCAUCCUCUUCUUCUGGCUCCUGGUGCAGGUCCUGUUCACCAAACAAUUAGAAGUCCAGCUCCAGAUCCUCCUCUUGUCGGGCCUGAUAGUCUUCUGCCUGUGUCUGGUGCUGGGCUGUGCCCUCUGCUGGCGGAGCACCCGGACCCCGUCGUCCGAUCCCAAAGAGCGCGGGACGACGGUCGCCCCGGCCCCCGAGGAGCCCGUCGCCCGUCCCCAGGACCCGCCCCCGCCGGCUCCCUCAGCCGCCGCCGCGGGGCCGCCGUACGACGAGCUGGACGGCGACAUUCUGGAAUACCCCUCCACCUCCUGCUGCUCCACGCCUUCGGAGGACGUGUUCGCCUCCCUGACCUCGUCGCCCUGCGCCCGCUCGUCUCCCCGCGGCACGCCGCUGUGUCCGUCGGCUCGGCCCGCCGAGCGCGGCCGCGCCUCCCUGCCUUCCUUCCCCAGGCUGGGGCUGUGGUCCAAGACGCGUCGGAUCCUGGAGCGCCGCUGCACGGUGACGGGGGACCAGGUCUCGUACAGCGAGCGCCUGCGGCUCACCGGCCCCGGGGGGGCCUCCCCGCCCACGGCGGAGGAGCCCAUCCCCCUGGCGCCGCUGUACUACGGCUCCGGACGUGCCGCCACGCCCGCCGCCGGCGCCAGCGCCAGCCCCUGGAUCCACUUCACCGUGGCCUUCUCCCCGGAGCAGCGCGCGCUGACCGUCACCAUCCACAGCCUUACGGGAACCAGCUACCGCCUGGAGGACGUGUGGGCCGAGGGCAGCCUGUGCCCCGGGACUGGGAAGGCCUCUGGGCAUAAUGGCGGCCUGGACUCCCAGCCCCAGAGUCUGGUGCUGGUGCUGACUGUGAGCUCUGUGGAGGAGCUCCGACGCGGCACGCUCAGACUGUCUCUGCACACGCAGCAUCGCCCCCCCCGGCCCGAGGGCUCCCUUCUGGGGGAGCUGGAGGUCCAGUGUGCAGACAAAGACUGGACAGCGGAUCGUCCGAUCCACUUCACUAAAGAACUCAGUGGCACCAAGUGUGCACGGAAAAUGAGUGUGAACUCCGUGGAAGCGCCGCCGUUGAGCAAGCCGGGGCUUAGUUGCUCGCCGCAGAUCUUAGCUCAACUCUUCAUUCUGCUUCAGUAUCAGACCCUUGCCCAUCGCGUCAAAGCCAUGGUCCUUAAAGUAGCCCAGCAAGACAGCCUCUCCCACUGGCCUGCUGCUCCAGGUAAGGGAAUUGCGUGACGUCAACAGUGGAUGUGUCAAAACGGAAGGCAGCGGACUCGGAUUUAACAGAGUGGUUCAAAGGGCAUGCAGGCGUGCAAUACUGCUUUACAAUAGAUGUAUUAUGUAAGCAGUGGGAGUUGCGCUCGAUUUUUCUUUUCAAGCACAGAGGUAAAGUAAGUCCCUAUGUUUGCUUUUAAUGUUUGGAGAUUAAAUGUUGUCCUACAGCAUCAGACAGGAUGAGGAUCAUCCCCCUUUUUUAAUGACAUGGUCCAGUAAUCCCUCUCUCACUAUUUACAAUCCUCCAGACAAUGUCCCUGUGCUCUGUAAAGAACACAUCUCUGAUUCAACUCAUCAAGCAGAGCUCUGACAUGACAUUAACCUGUCCCGGCAGACACACAUGCCAUAUACAAACUGUUUAACUUCCAUUAACAAUGACUGGAAGGUCAAUAAUAUCACAUAAUUCAUCAUAACUAGUAAAAGGUUUAUAAGAUAAGAGAAGAUGGUACUUUAUUAAUCUCUGACGGGGUUUUCAGUAAUAUAUCAUUGUGGGAAUUGGGGAAAGAAAAUUUAAACUAUUCAAAUUGAAAUGAUCGCAGGACAAUUAGAGAAUGUGCUAGGUUGAAUAAAAUACUCUGUCGUCAAUCAUGCAACAGUUUGCGCCUGUGUGUAUUGCUGUAGGCUACCAGAUGGUGAUGAACUUGCACCAUGAAGGCACGUUGAUCUCCACCAAACAGACUUCAGGGUGGAACACCCCUUUCCUCUUUGACCUCCCUCCAGGAGAACUCAGUCUCAUGCAUAUAAACAUGGAGCUC